GACUUGCCGUGGCAGAGUUGUUGUGGUUUGCACUAUCAGGAAGAAGGGAGAUGGCUUGUUAGCUAGUCUGACUAUAAUUUCACUUGUAUAUACAACAGGAGGCUAUUUUGUUUCACUGUUUAUCACUCGCAUUAGAGGCGAUGUAGUUACAUUUAUUGCGCACAGCUGAGGUUGGUGCUAGCUAGCUGCAGUUGCACUCUAUUCCUUUCACAUGAAGCUGUAGCUAGGCAGCUAAGCUAGCUACUGCAACCAGUUGCAGCAUGAAUCAAAGGAUAAUGAGGCAUUGUGUUCUCCAUGGGCCCUGUGGAUAAUGUCGCUGAUCCUCUUCGCCUUCGUGGUUCGGGUCAGGGAUGGACUCCCCCUGUCAGCCUCCACUGACUUUGAACACAACCGAGAGCUCCAGGAGAGGAAGCAGCAGCUCAGGAAGAUCAGCAAGGCCCUGGGUCUGCUCCCUGACAGAGGCACUGUCAAGGGCCACGACCUCAACAUAUACUUCGUUUCUUCAGAGGGCGUAUCCUACAUGACUGUGUGCCACUGCAGCCUCCCUGUUGCUACAGCCUUCUGCUUCCUGGAAGAUCUGCGUUGGGAGUUCACAGCAUGCUUCAAUAGCACUGUGGUUGCCUUGGCAGCCAGGCCGUAUCCAUUUUUGGAAUUUGAUAGCACCAUUCAGAAGCUGAAGCAGCACUACAACCAGAGUGGUGGUCCGGCCCUGCAGGUCACACUGGCAGAGGUGCAGGAGGAUCUCAAGCUCCACCCCCCACAAGUCAUUACGUUAGACGAGGUGGAGCUGAGCAACGGGACAGCUAAUGGGCAUAUGGAGCAAGCUGCUGGAUCUGGUCAGAAUGUGAGGCUCGAACCAGUGACUGCUCCAGGCAUCCUCUCCCUGGUCCUUAACAUCAUGUGUGCAUCUUUGAACCUUAUCCGGGGCGUCCACCUCAUAGAGUAUACAUUUCAGGAUGACUAUGAAGGAAUAUGGAAUGUCGUGGCGUUUCUCCUGGCAUUUGUUUGCUGUGUGUUUCAGUGUCACCUGUACCUGUUCCAUUCAUCUUGGAAGAAACAGAAGUCCCUCACUCUGCUGAGUGUUAUUAUCCUAUGCAACUUCUAUCUGUUUGGCAUGAGAAACAUGUGGCAGCUGCUCUUCCACAUGUCCGUUGCCUCCUUCUCUACGGUCCUCAUCCUCACUCGCAAACUCCAGCACAGAACUAUUGACUGUGGGGUCUGACGGACAGAGGACAGUUGAGUUUGUUGCACCACUUCCAGCUCUUCGUCAGCUUGACCCUCCAGUUUUUGGUGCAGGUAAGGAUGACAGGGAGGCGGUUGACCUGGCUCACAAGAUGAAGAUGCCCGGGGAAUUUUUUAAAGACACAUUCAUGAAUUUUGUGUCAUCAUAUAGGACUUAAACAAUUCUGAGUUAAUAUUUUAUGAUAUACAGUAAGUAGUUGCACUAUUUGUACAUUGUUUCCACAAAGAGGGCAGGACAAACUGCAGCUCUGGUUGCCUCAGAGCCCUCAAAAAUAUUGGAUGAAUAAAAUAGUGCUACAAAUAAAUAUUGAUAAAGAGGUUUAGGAUUAUGGUAAAGGGAACUGGUCAGUCAGGGUAUUAUUUAAGCUAUGUCAUUCUUGAUUGAUUUCUGCAGGUUGAUUUCUGGGGAAAAUUAAAAGGUUCACCGUCCAAUCCAAAAACAUUUUUUUAAACAGCUGAUUUUUUUUUCUCACCAGAGCUUUUCAAAUAGAAAAGUUGAUUAUUCUUAAUAUUUAAUAUUUAAGAUGUAUUGCUCCUCACAUUUAGCUCAGUAUUAUUUUUUUCUAUCACAGGCCAUUGAUUAUCUUUGCAUAAUCAGAGGAUCAGAGUUUACAUUGCUAGGUGAGCUAUCACAAUUGUAACAUUAUACCUAAUUAUACCCUUGAAAGCAGGUAUACAGUCCUGAUUAGCAAAUAAUCAGGCAGAUCAUCUCUUCCUGAGAGAAGUGUGAUUCUUAAACGUUUUUUAUGCAGCAUCGCUCAAAGCAGCUGGAUCAAAUGAAACAGUCAACCAAAGCCGACCACGCAGCUAUUGUUACAGCCUACCGUUUGUUAAAUUACUUGCUAAUUAGGCUAGACGAUUCAAACCUAAUGCAAAGAUGGAACUGUAAAGUGGUGAGGUGUUUCAUGCCUUACUGUGUGACAAUGCAAAUAUAGUGGAUCUCCUUAAUUUGUUAAAUUGUACCGUCUUAUAGAUAGAUAUACCAGCAAGUGCUCUACUACUUUUUGCUAAUGCUCAAAUCAAAGGGCUCUGCGAUUUAAUGACCUCAUAGAAAAUUCAUUCUAUACAGAGAGAAGGACAAGGAUUAGUCUCAUGUUCAUGACAUGGAAGGCAUAAUGUUUGAUAUUGUCUCCGUAUCAUAUUUUCAACACUGUUUAAAAAAAAAAAAAAAAUAGCAGAAUCAGAGCAGCUCCAAUUAUAAGCUCUUUUUGUACAAUGAAAGCAGACCUGCGUAUUGUAAUUAGUCUGUCUCAACUGUUUCUACUCAUGCUGCACUUUCUUAGAGUUACAAUGAAAUGGCAUUUUAACAGCCUGUUGCUUUCUCAAUUUGAUGUAUUUCCUACUGGAGCAGGUUGUUGGGAGCGGGGCUUGACACACAGACACAUCUUUCAAAGGUGUAAACCCUUGGGAGAUCAGUUAUUUGACGGGAGGGACAUAACUGUUAAAAAAUUUAAUGUUUUUACUUGUUGAAAUUUUUGCUGAUGCCUACUGGCUGAGCAUUAAGUCAGCACUGAAGGUACGCUGUUUUCCACAAUUUUGAAGUAAUGGGAUUUUUAAAAAAGUAAAUUCCUCUGACAUUUAUUGUUGAGUAGCCGAAUAUUCUGACAUGGAUAAUGAGCUAACAGGCCGAAAAAGUCAUUUUUAAUUUCAUUGUGACUUUAAAGAGUAUGCUGCGAGUAUGGACGCACUGAAUUUAAAGUGUCUGAAAUACUAAAUUUAUUGAACAAAUGAUGACGGCUCUGCACUACUUUUCAUUUAUUUAUGGUUGUAUUAUUAAGGGUGUGGCAAUUGUUAUUCAAUGUGUUACAUAUCAGAUUCAGCUAAAGUGAUUUUUAUACCCUUGUUAGAACUGAUUGAUUGAUUAACUGUAUUGUUUAGAUGGUUGAUUUUUUUUUUUUCCCCCAUGCACUCUUGUCUUUUUUUAAGAUAGCGCUCCCUAGCUAUAGUUCUCAGAUGGGUAUAAUUACAAUAUAGAACUUAAGUAUAAUAGUGCUGCUACUAAAUAGCUUUGGUAUAUAUAAAUCCUUAAUUUAUUUUUUGUUGCUAAUUUUUUAGAAAUAUUUUCCAUAGUUAGCUGCCUCCUUUUCAGCCCUUAACCUUUCAUGUAGUCCAAAUAAUGCACUCGAAGCCCAGUAACCGAAGGACUUAAAUCCUAGUUAGUAGUGGAGCUUCAUGUCACAGAGACAGCACUGUGGCUGCAGUGGACCUGUGUGAAGUCUAUCCUUUCGGUGUAACUAUUCCCUAAUUUUAUCUAUGAAGUAAAGGGAAAUUUUUAAAGGACGGGAGGGCAUUGCAUUUUUGUCAGACAAUCCAUAUGCAGCCCAGUAUUAGGCGUGUCCUUCACUAUACUGUAUCAGUAGUUUAGAAGUGCCGUUUUCUGCUCGUAGUUUACAGUGGGUGCGGGUUAUUGUGUUUCCCUUUUCAGUCAAAUAUCAGUGGACAAGUGCAGUGGCGAUACAGAGUUUGUCAAGUCCCUCCCUGUUUUUUGUCACCAUGUUAAUGCUUACAGACAAUUAUGUGAUCUUGCAAAUGAUUAAAAAGAGCACUGAAUGUUUAUGUAUGCAACCAAUAAAUAAUCAAAAAAUGUGGUGCACCUCUAGACAACUUAACAAAACCCUCGUUGUCAUCGAGCAAACCUUACACGCCACAUUCCACCACAGGAGUGAGUGGUCAUCACCAUAAAGGAGCUUUGUCUUGAGCGGGGUCACUUUACAUUUUGUUAUUUGUUGUGCUGCAUGAGCUUUUGUCUAUAUUAGGACUUCAGUGAUGCUGUUAAUGUUUUUGAUACAAAGGGGUUUGACCAACUCACCAUUGCCACUAUAGACUACAAGAAGUGCAUAUAAUCAUGUUGACCAAAUGAAUUGUAACGCAUUGUUGCCAUAGAUGUUCCAGAUCUAUAACUAAAUGUGCAGGCGACGUUAACAGACUCCUGAUGAAUUUGAUUAGAUUGUACCUGCAGACUGCAAUACUAAAUGGAAAUGAAGGAUGAUUGUGUGUUGAUUAUGAAUACAUUGUAUGAACUACACAGCAGAAGUGCACUGUUUAAUAGGAACGUGGCAGCCAUGUCUUAAUUAUUUUUCACGUAUUUACAAAAGCUUGAAUUGAGUACAGUUCAAACACUCUGCAAGUCAUUCAGGUUCAGAAAGGCAACCUGAAGUCGGCUUCUCUGUUGUGUGUUUCUUGGGCUGUUUGAUCUUCCUCUUGAAUACAAAGCCCAGUCAAAUGAAGGAUCUAAUUUGUUUGUAAUUAAAUUCUGUCACAUGAGGUCGAUACAGUGGUUUUCUUGGCUCCAGCUCGUUCAUAAUGAUGGCAAAUAGCAUAACAAUGUCAUUGAUUGUAACUGCCAAAUACACAGAUGAUUGCAGGGCUUUAUGUUUUGUUGGUGGGUUUUUUUUCUGCAGUUGUGAAACUGACAUUUCAUUAAAAAAACAGUGUCUUUUUUUCA